AGCCAUGUAAAGCCUUGUCUUUUUCUUGCCCCAUCUUCUCACUUUUUAUGCCCAAUUUAAUAAUCAUAGCAGCAAUAUGAAAACUUACAAAUGUCAGUUGAUUCCUGGAGGGAGAUUCUCAUAGUUUCAGCAAUGUAUGUCAGGGAAUGUGCAAAGACAAAUAUGGGGACAAAUACGUUUGCCUCAUAUGAGAGAGAGAGGAAAAAAAGACCACAACAAAGAGUGGAAGGCCAGGAGGGAAAGGAGUCUGAUGAAUCAGAUGGACAUAACAUUGCUCAUGAUGACUUUUAUAUUUCUUUUAAUUAAACGUAGUUAUUUUUUUAAUCACACCCACAAAUAGUCAAGGGUUGAUGGUGUGAUCACUGAGUUAUUGCUACAACUUAGAGGUAGAGUUUCAGAUAGGAUUCUUCUUGUAAGUAUUCCAGCUGUGCCUCCCACCAUUUUUCUUGACCGUGAAGAGUAUACCUGCGUGUCUUUGCUUAAAGUUAAUCCAGCAAGCAUUCCCCUCUCCUUGAGGAGACAAGGAGAUGCAACGUUUGAAAAUGAGAAAAGCUUCAAGAUUUCCACCAGAAAACAAAAUCAUGGUUCCAUUACAAGCUGUUAUUUAAGAUGGAUAGCUCCUAAACCAAACAAGACUUCCAAUUAGUUUUUAAUUAAAUGCAGGUGAGAUUAAAAGCUAAACCAAUUAACCCUGUGUGUUACAAUGACAAAGACAGUGCAAGCCUCAGCAUGCAGCAUACCUGAUGCCUCAUUAGGUUUAGGUAGUUUAGUCAUGAAGAUUCUACUGAAACAGCCGUUUCUGUUUCAUUAGCUCUCAAGUGACCAAGCUGUGGGCUCUGUUAUAUUUUAUGCAUUAAUAUUUUUUAAUGGGACUAUUUUUGUUUUUGAUAAUUGUACUUUAUUUAUGACAAAUAUUCUAAAAUGUCGUUAAUUAUGGUUUUCAAUCGUUUUUAGCCUCAAGGCGUCUGGAGCAAUAAAUCUAAGCAAGAUUUCAUUUUGCUUUAUUGCUAAUCAUUUUUUUUGCAUAUUUGUCACACUUACAUGUUUGACAUCAUCAAAUACAUUUUAAUAUUAGAAAAAGACAACCCAAGCAAAUACAAAAUGAAGUGGGUUUUUUUUUAAAAUGAUGAUUUUAUUCAUUAAGGGGGAAAAGCUGUCUAAACCUACCUGAUGCUGUGUGAAAAAAGUAAUUGCCCUUGAACUUAAUAACUGCUUGUGCCAUCCUUGGCAGCAAGAACUGCGAUCAAGUGUUUGCGAUAAGUAGCAAUGAGUCUUUAACAUCACUAUGGAAAAAUUUUGGCCCACUCUUCUUUGCAGAAUUACUUUAGUUCAGCCACAUUGGAGGGUUUUCCAGCAUGAGUGGCUUGUUUAAGGUCAUGUCAAAGCCUCUCAAACACAUUUAAAUCCAGACUUUGACUAGGACACUCCAAAACCGUCUUCUUCUUCUUCUUCUUCUUCUUUUUUCUUUUCUUUUUUAAGCCAUUUUGAGUUGGUGUGUUUUGGAUCAAUUUCCUGCUGCAGAACCUGAGCUUAAGCUUCAGGACUCAAAAGGAUGGCCGGACAUUCUCCUUCAGGAUUUUCUGAUAAAGAGCAGAAUUCAUGGUUCAAUUGCAGCAAAUUGUCCACGUCCACGUAGACAUCAGAGUACUGUACGACCACUUUUGACUGUUCGUACGAUGCUCUUUUUAUGUAAUGCUGUGUUACGUCAGAUGUAACGGGAUUCAAACCUUCCAGAAGGCUCAACUUUUGUGUUGUCAGUCCACAGAAUAUUUUCCCAAAAGUCUCGAGGAUCAUCAAGAUGUUUUUCUUUGGCAAAUGUGAGACGAGCCUUUGUGAUCUCUCUGGUCAGCAGUACUUUUCUCCUUGAACUCUCCUAUGGAUGCCUUCUCUUUGUUAUUGUUGAAUCAUAAACUCUGACCUUAACUGAGGUGAGUGAGGCCUGCAAUUCUUUAGAUGCUGUUCUGGGUUCUUUCGUGACCUGCUGGAUGACUCGUCGAUGCACUCUUUGAGUAAUUUUGGUAGACCAGUCAUUCCUGGGAAGGUUCACCGCUGUUCAGUUUUCUUCAUUUGUGGCUGUCAGUGUGGUUCACUGGAGACCCAAAGCCAAAGCCUGACUGACAGUUGUGAGUCAGUGACUUUGUUUCUCAGCUGUUUCUUUAGAUCGUGGCAUGAUGUGUUGCUUUCUUUGAACCUACUUCACUUUGUCAGACUGGUUUUAGUAACUCAGCAGGUCUGGCAUUAAUCAGACUCGGGUGUAGACAGAGAAACGGAACUUAACUUUCUAAAAAUUGUGGUUAAUCAAUUAAUUUAUGAUUUUACAAAGGUGGCAGUUAAUUUUUCAUGUAGGCUCGGAUAACUUCCCCCCCUUAAUACAUUAUAAUUUAAAAAUUACUUUUUGAAUUUACUCAGGUUAUUUUUGUCUAAUAUUUAGAUUUGUUUGAUGAUCUGAAACAUGUAAAUGUGACAAAUAUGCAAAAGAUGAGGAAGUGGGACAGACGUUGUCACACUGCUGGCAAUUUUUUUUUUUGCCUCAGGCAAAAAGCAUCAUGUAUAUUAAUGUGUACAUACAGAACAAUACUGAUUCUGUUGUCUUUUUAAAAGAAAGACAGAGAUGAUACAAACACUGUCACCUUGAACACAAAGCUCUGCUGUAUAUUUACUUGAGCCACACCAUCUACUUUGCAUUCACAGCCACCUGCAGUCCAUAUCAGUACAAAAGAAGAAAUAUUAAAUAGUAAAUAAACAACACAAAAAUGUGCAGUGACUAGAACACAAACCGGAAAAUCCUCCAGGAUUUCUAUAAACAACAUAAUUAUAAUAAUAUACAAGAUAAUAUAUCGUGUUUCUAAAUCCUUUAAACCCUGAACCAUAAAAUAACUUUCCAACUUUUUGAAAAUGUAGCGUACAAUGACCCUUCUGACAAAAAAAAAAAUAUUAAUUUGAUAUAUGAGAUUAAAUUUGUAUCAUAUUUGCAACAUCGGGCAUUUUGCUUUUUAUUUUUUGUAAUUUAUUCCUUAAAAAUGUGUCGUGCAAUCUAUUUUGGGUUUUUUUGGGCUACAUUUGUAUAAUCGGUUAAUCGAUACACAGCAUUAAAGGCAGGGACGUUACUAAUUACAAAUAUUUGGCUUGAGGUUGUCGGUCCUAAAUGGAUGAUUCAGGACCUGAAGCGUUUUCAUGUUUGCUGUGUAAAAUAAGGUACGGCUGGCCCUAAAAGAGAGUUUACAGCUACUGGCCUGUCCAUGUAAUUUAUAACACUGCAGAGCCAGUAUUAUAAAUGACAUGGACAUCAUCAUCAUCGUCAUCACCACCACAUUAGCGAUUAUUCCUCAUAAUGUGCCCUACACGUACCAACCACUGCUGUUUAAAUUCGCUGUUAUAUUGCAAAGUCUAACUCGAGCAAACCCCGCGCAGAGGCUUCAAGCAGACACUAUAAUGAGAUAUAACGUUUAUAUAAAUAGCAUUCCGCUCUGUCUAAUAAUAACACGCACACAGAAUAGAUGUUAAACCGGGCGGGCGAAGGCUGAGUGACAGCAGGUCCAGCAUUAUGCAAAUUAGCGGCCAGAUUCGGACGGUGCUCGGGAUCAGCGUCUCCUUCUCCUCCCCUUCCUCCUGUCGGAGCAGCCAGUGCUUCUGUUUUACUUCCUGAGACCGCGCGACGCGAGCACGCUUUCCUGGAGCUGUUUUUGCACGCGCCCCACACACGUAUUUAAUCAACGGAGUCGCCGCGUGCGCUGCAGAGCUGGCGUUCCCCGUCUGCAUUCGUUCUACACUGAAGCACGGCCAGAAGCGCGGGUUCCACGGACAUGCGCAGCGCGCUCACAGACCCCUCCCCCCCCCGGUUCAGUUAGUUAAGCCGGCGCUGAUUCAAAGCAUCACUCACUUUAGGACGUUAGACAUGUGACACUUUAACACCUUACAGUGUGCUGUUUGCAAACUGUUGUGGCACAUGUGCAGAGGGCAGUGUCCCUCUGCAGCACUCCCUUUGUCACACUGUAGAGCCGGUGUAUCUCUGCUGUGCUCUGUGCUGUGCUCGGUUUGGGGUUUAGAGAGACCGAGCUGUAAGUAGGUCGGGCUGGGCUUAAGCGGCUUAGCUACGUCAGCCUAAGCUGGGAGGAAUUCAUCCAAAGCCCUCCGCGGUAGGCGGGGGCCUAAACGAGGCUGGCCUAGUUAAGCCUGAUUCUUAUUGUGUGCAGCACAGCCUGUUUUUGUUGUGCAACGUAGCUGAGAGGGAGUCCAGGAGUAGUGUGAGAAUCCAUGCACUUGUUAGACAUAGCCUAUGUUUGAUUUGGAGAGGAAGAAGACGAAGGGGGGAAAUGUGACAUGUCUCUGAGUUAGACCAGUGUUGGUGUGUCACCGUGGACCAGGAGAAGAGAGCGGCGGGGACUGAAAAAAAGACAGGUGGGAAGAGAGAGGAGCCCACACCACUGAGUGUGGUUACUAAAGGGUGACAGCCAUAGGCCAGACUUGGUCUGCGUGAGCCCAGUAUGCUAGAAGAUGGCAUCCAGCUCUGUGUUUUUGUCCAGUAUGGUGGGUAAAGCCCGCUCCUCCAACUUCACGCUCUCUGAGAAGCUGGACCUGUUGAAGCUGGUCCGGCCUCACAUCCGAAUCCUGGAGGAGCACACCAACAAGCACGCGGUCAUCGUGGACAAGAACAAGUGCUGGGACACUGUUGCUGAACAGUACAAUGCCCUGGGAGGAGACAGACCCCAUCGCACAGCUCAGGGCCUCCGGACCCUCUACAAGAGACUGAAGGAGUCAGCCAAGCAGGAAGUGAUGCAGAGGAGACACGCCCAGCCAGAGUACAGAGCAAGCAUCUCCGAGCCAACCAGGAGAAUUAUGGAGAUGAUCCCUCACCUGUUUCACCACGUGCCCAUCCACGAAAAGGACCAGGCGCUGCGCAGAUUAAUAUACAGCAAGCACAACUCUCCUAUCGAACAUCCUGGCAGCAGCUCAUCUCUGGCUGGACUUCAGGAUUACUCUGCAUCUGUCCCAAGUAUCCCCCAUGAGGUGGUCCAGCUGGACGCUGAACAGGAUGUAAAACCACCGCCAGACCUUCCCAUCCUCCCAGCGCACACAGGACCACGGCUGGAAGGAGGCCAGGAGCGAGAGGGAGAGCAGGACUUGGGCAGCAUCCAUGAUUAUGAAGCGUCGUUAUCUCCAGCUCCUUCCUCUGUUAACAUCCCUCUCUCCACCUCGCCGCUGCCCUUACGCCAUGAGCUCUACCCCAACGACAUCUACCCUCACCACGAGCCGGACAGGUUUCGGCCUCUGCAACUGGCCAAAGAGGAGCACGAGCUGGUGCUGGCCAAUCACAGGAAGGUGGCCCUGUACCUGGAGGAGAAGAGAGAGGGGCUGAAGAGGAAGCAGGAACUGGAGGAGGAACUGCUGCGAGCCAAGAUCAAAGUGGAGAAACUGAAGGCAACCCGACUGAGACACGGACUGCCCAUUUCUCUAUAACAAGUAUCAACAUGCACUUCUGUGGUCACUGUGAGAAAGGGAGGGGCUCUGAGUAGUACCGUUUUUAAAAAAAAAGGAAAAAAAGUGCUUUGGAGCAGUCACCAAUUUUGUUUUAUUUUGGUUGUGUGAGAUCAGUUUCAGGACUUGACUUUCUUUUGGAAACAUAGUGCCUCGUAUACACACAGAUAACCUGUUUACGUCCUGCAGGAUAAUUAGGAUAAUAACGCCUGCUGCCAUCCGUCUUUGUGCUUGUCUGUGUUAAAAAUGCAUCAUCGUGUCCAUGAGUACCAAAAGUGGGGACAAACAUCUAUGUAAUAAAACAAAGCUCACAUCAGUAACACUGUGACAGGCCAAUAUGUAUAAAAGUCCAAGUUUUGGAAGGGAAUAUUUGUAGUAUUGACUGAUAAUGUACCUCAGUGGUGCUCUUCCUGCCUACACCUACCACCAGUCUCUAAUUAAAGGAGUGCCAGCAAGGCAUUAAUGAUCUUUAUUGUCUAAGAUUGUUGGCAAAAUAUGAAUGUAAGAGUUAAAGCACUUGAUGUCAGUGUGAGCGACGUGUUGUUAUCUCUGUGUAAAGAACAUUUCCACCCAUUCUGGCAUCUGUAGAAAUCCACUUUCCACUAGAGGUUUUGGUUAUCAAAACAAUUUUUAUAGCCGCUUUUAUUCAUUCUGUAGACUUCGUACAAAAACCAUUCAUGUCGCCACAAGAAAGCACUCCAGUAGCAAAUUUUAGAGAUACCAGGACUGAAGCACAAGGUAAACUUUUGAAGGCCUUAAUCUGUUAUUGGGAUAACAAAAAUGUUCGAGUGAGUAAUUCUCGCUGGUUGCUGAACUGUUGACCGGCUGCGCGAACAAAAGAAGGGAGGGGCCCUGAUGGUUUUUGGCGUUACUGCUAUUUAUUGUGAGUUCAACAUUGAUUGUAUUGUACUGUUGUUAUACAAGUGUUGCCCAUUUCUCUUACUGUUUGUCUAUGCGUUCACGUGUUUGUAUUAAAAAGAAGAUCCAUUUUCCUCUGGUCCUCUGUUUAUUUCCAAGUCACGUGUUCCACUUUUAUAGGAAAUCAUCUUUAAUCUGUCUUGUAGAAGCUGAUGAAAGAUCAUAAGGUGACCGCAUCUGCUGACAUCUGCAUUGUUUCACGGUGCUAACUGUUUGAGCCUUGUACAUGUUGUAUUUUGUUUCCAUGAUAGGUGGAGCCAACAAUGGCGUGUAGAAGCCUUUAUGCUGAAAAGCUUGAUGCGACAGUGACCUCUGCUGGUCAAUUUCCUGUGUACAUCUGGUGGAUCUGACUUUGUUUUAUGUCUUUGUG